AUGCGAAAAAGGGGGGAGUAUCAAAGGCGAGGAGGGGGCAAAAAGAACCUCAAAGAAACUCCGGCUGGGCCGGGCUCGGGGGGAGGAGGAGGAGGAGGAGGAGGAGGAGAACGGGCGGACGGGGGGAGGGCAACGGCGUCGGCGCUGCUGCUGCAGCCACUUUCCAGCACUGUGCCUCUGUCGGGAGGAGGAGCCGCUUCGCGCCGCGCCAGUUUGCGGGGAACAGCCCCGGCGGGUGUUUAUAUAGAGGCGGCGCGGGCCGGUACUCUGCCGGCGGGCGGGGGGGAGCCCCUCCUCCCUCCCCUUCGAGGCGGGGGCGACUGCGACGACGGGAGGGGGGCAGGAGGCCGGGCGCUGGAGCGUGCCAGCUCUGGCCGCGGGCCCGCCGGGAGAGACGCGCCGAAGAGCCUUGCUGGACGCCCUCCGCCGCCAGCCGUCGGCGCUCCGUCCCUGCGGAGAGAAGAGCACACCGAGAGUCCGUCAGCCACGGAGUGGGGCCGUCCCUCGGCCAGAAGACGGCGACGGAGCACAUGGACCCCCCAACCUGCCGCCCAUCCCGUCUGCUGCUGCUGCCGUCGAGAGAGGAGAGCCGGCCGAGCUCCCGAGGGGAGACCGGAGCGUCCCUGGCGGGAACCACCAACGGACCACCGAGGGUGCGCCGGGUGGCCCCCAUCCCUUGAGUGGCGGAGGAGAAGGAAACGGUCUCUAGCGAAGCGCCGCCGACCGAAGGCGAAGGAAGAGGAGCCGUUUUUCUCAGGGCCGCCGCCGGCCACAGGAGCUCCCUCCAGUCGUUGCUACAUUUCGACCCUGUCGCCCAGAAGCCAAAAGGACGCCCCAAACUUCCAUCACGGAAGGGUCUCUAUCUCAGGAGAUACGGGGAAAACCGACCAUCCUCUCCCGCAUCUCAUGGGAAGAUCUCCUGCGCAAGGGGCAGGAGGGAGAGGGAGAAGAGGCAUUGCAGGCACCUCCGGUUCAUUGCAAGAGGGGGGCUGUUUCUUGGAGGGGUGUCUUGUGCAGGAGAAACUAACGCGCUUUGCAAAAACGCCUGACUCUGGGCACUUUCUGGAUCCGCCUGGCUGGGAAGCACCUGGGAAGCCAGGCACCCAGGAAAUAAAUCACCAAACAUGAUGAUUGCCCCCACAAAUCCGAACCUUGAAUGCACAGCUGUGAGAGGCUCACUGGAGACCCUCCCCCCAUGGGGAUUUGGCACCUGGCAGAGAGGAGUGAGGUGCCCCUAAAGUGCCUGAAUCAACAAAGGUCUUCAGAUGGGGUCCCAAGUCCACACUGAUCACGGAGGGACAACAAUAGCCAGGGACGGCUUGUAUGAGUGAAAGUCCCUUCGAGAAACGGAACUGCCCUGCUACAAACGCCCCUUGCAUUUCAGCAGAGACAACCCACGCUGGCAAGAUCCACGCUGGUGGACCUUGAGCAAAAGUCAUGGAAAGGGACUCUGCAGCAUCGCGACAGAGAUGGAAUUCUGGAGAGAAAGUCAAUGCACAAUCAGAGUGGUCUACAGAUUGGUCUUUCCCCUCCCUUUAACCCCUAAAAUACAUCUCAGGGGUCCAGCUCCCUGGUAAAAGGUCCUUUCUUGGGGGUUUGUUCAGGCACAUCAUGCUUAGCCCACCGGAAUGCCACUCCCAAGAACGCUGGUCUCUGUUUUUCCCUAGCAGCCAGAAGGAAAAGCACAAGUCAGGGCAGGUAACAGAGGCUGGCCCAUCGUGCUGUUGAGGCAGCUGCCUCUGUUUCCUAGAUGCCAGCCGUUUGCCAGUUCCAGGGCCAACAUUGCUCAUUUACUUGCUGCGGUUGUAUCCCUCCAUGGAGCUCAAGGUGGCAUUUGUGGUUCUCCCUCCCCUCAUUUAAUCCCCACAGCAACAGGAACCCUGCA